CUUUCCACUUCAACUGCCAUCUAUAAAGUAAACAUGUAACCUAAUAUAAAAUAGAUCCCCCACCCAGUGCAUGUCAAAUGACAGCCUAUAUAAAGAUCGUCAGACUAGAAGCCCCAGAAAACAACUGGACAGACACAGAGAAACACCUGAUACUCAGCACAGACUGCUUUGGAAAGGCUCAAGAAAUGUCUGGAAAAAAAUGGGCUCUCCUUGUUGCUGGCUCAAAGGGCUGGGAAAAUUACAGACACCAGGCCAAUGUGUGCUGUUUAUAUCAGAUAAUUAAGAAACAUGGAAUUCCCGAUGAGCAGAUUGUGGUGAUGAUGUAUGACGACAUCGCUACCAAUCCACAAAACCCAACUAAUGGAGUCAUUGUCAGUGUAGUAGGUGACACAGACGUGUACUCAGGAGUUCCGAAGGACUACACUGGAGAGGAUGUGACCCCAGACAACUUUCUGGCUGCUCUUCAAGGGGAUGACAGCACAGGGAAAAAGGUCAUAAAAAGUGAAGCAAAUGACAACAUAUACGUCUUCAUGUCUGGUCUGGGAACUGAAGGCACAUUUAAAUUUCCUGAGCAGUUACUUUGUCCUGCAGAUCUCAUUGGAGCAAUCAACAACAUGCAUAAUGAAAACAAAUUCUCAAAGAUGGUGAUAUUCAUGAGUAGCAGUUACUCUGCAACAAUGUUCCAACAGCUUUCCGGACAUGUAAAUGUCUUUGCGUUGACUUCAUGUGGCUUGACUGACGAGAACUGUCCCACUGAUCUUGACCCAAAUAGAAAUGUCUUCCUCUCUGAUAAAUUCUCAUCUGCUUGGUUGAACUUCACUUAUACGGCUGACUUUAAUAAAGAACCAUUCCACAGCCUGAUAAAUCAUAAACAAGCUAAUUAUCUUGAACAAAAUCCCAAUCUCUGCCCCUGCCAGUUUGGAAAUGAGGAAAUCUGUCACUGUCACCUCAGUGAGUUUCUGCAAAACUGAACACCCUUCAAGCUAAACAGUGUUCAAUAAAACAGGUCCGCAUGAAAAUGAUGAGAGCAAAUAAGAAUAACCUGAUGAACUAUUGUGCUAGUUUCUUGUUUCAGACUUUUAGAAUUACAGUGAUUGCAACACAACACUAUCAUUUAGAAGUUUAUGGUUUGGGGUCAAUUUUUAUAAUUUGAAAAUAUGUUUUUUUUUAUGUUGAUCAAGGUGCAUUUGUUUGAUCGAAAAUGGAGCCAAAAACAGUAAUAUUGUAAAAUAUUUUGAAAACAAUAAAUAUGGGAAGAAGGUUAAAAGUUCAAUGAUUGCAUGUGUUAUUUAUUGUGCAUAGUUAUGACAGCUUCUUUAAUUCUGCAGUGUCUUGUGACCCUGGACCAGUC